CGAGUGGUUUCGCUACCAAAAGGAGCCACUGACCCCCGGGGGGGACGCUACAUUUGUCACCGAAAUCGUUUCGCUGAUGGUUUUCCACGCUGGAAGAGCACCUGGCGGCCGUUUCGGGGUCGAUUUGCUUGCCUCAGUCAGUCGUUGUGCGUGAACCGGGUGUGUGUUCUGUUUCCGCCAUCACGAUGACGACCAACCGAAUGCACAAAGUGUUCCUGUACAGCUUGGCCAUCUCGCUGAUAGCCAUCUUUAUCACGCUGGCCAGCAAAGUAUUCCCCAUCGCGAACCUGCCGAUGAGUACGAACAUUAUCAUCGUUGGCACUUGUUUGGCAAACUUUGCCUCCGUCAUCGCACUGAUCGUGGGCAUCGUAACGCGGCGACCGCGC